UGCUGAGAUUACAGGCAUGAGCCACCAUGUCUAGGGUUCUUGAGCCAAGGCUCUUUACACAAAAUCACUUCAGUGUUUAAGGAGAGCAGGGAGACUCUCAAGGCUGUCCCCAUCUCACAUCAUUGAGCACAGAACACUCAUCAAGGGUUUGGGUCUUAGGUAGGUUGGUGUCAGCCACUGAAACGCAGGGGACACCCGUGGGCCCUGAUUGGAAGGACAAAAUCGGGGAGAGGUAGAGGUCUUACACCUGCCAGGUCCCCCUGGGCAGGCAUUGAGCGUCGCAACGGGUUCCAGGUGGUAGAAAUGGAGCGGGACAGGGACACCAAGGCAGCUGCAGUGUGGGCGGGGCUGGGUCCUGGGCUUUAUCUUUGGGUGUUUGCGGAACUGGGGCAGGGGCUGCCAAGUCCACGGCUCCAGGGUCCUUGCCCAGAGCAGCUGCCUCUGACCAAUUGCUCAGCUGCCGGAGAAGUGACUAGAACAGAGGUUGUAGCUUAGGCACUGUUGCUCCUUCCAGUCCCUCCGUGCAGUUGAUGAUGGCCCUGUGGCCCCUGCUCCAUCUCACCUUCCUGGGGUUCAGCAUCACCUGGCCCUUGGUCCAUGGGCAGGGCUUCCAAGAGACAGCAGCCGUCUGGCCAUCCCUCUUCAACGUCAGCUUGCCCCAGAAGGCUCAGGAAAGCAUCCAGAUUCCAAACAAUGGGAGUGCACCCCUGCUCGUGGACGUGCAGGUGUUUGUCUCCAAUGUGUUUAAUGUGGACAUCCUGCGAUACACAAUGUCCUCCAUGCUGCUGCUUAAGCUGUCCUGGCUGGACACGCGCCUGGCCUGGAACACUAGUGCACACCCGUGGCAUGCUGUCACGCUACCCUGGGAUUCUCUCUGGACACCAAGGCUCACCAUCCUGGAGGCGCUCUGGGUGGACUGGAGGGACCAGAGCCCACAGGUCCGAGUAGACCAGGACGGCCACGUGAAGCUCAAUCUAGCCCUCACCACGGAGACCAACUGCAACUUUGAGCUCCUCCACUUCCCCCGGGACCACAGCAACUGCAGCCUCAGUUUCUAUGCUCUUAGCAACACAGCGAUGGAGUUAGAGUUCCAGACCCACGCGGUGAACGAGAUUGUGAGUGUCAAGAGGGAAUACGUAGUUUAUGAUCUGAAGACCCAAGUCCCACCCCAGCAGCUGGUGCCCUGCUUCCAGGUGAAGAUGAGCCUGAAGAACACAGCACUCAAGUCCAUCAUCGCUCUCUUGGUGCCUGCAGAGGCGCUGCUGCUGGCUGACGUGUGCGGGGGGCUGCUGCCCCUCCAGGCCAUUGAGCGCAUAGGCUACAAGGUGACAUUGCUGCUGGGCUACCUCGUCUUCCACUCCUCCCUGGUGCAGGCCCUGCCCAGCUCCUCCUCCUGCAACCCACUGCUCAUUUACUACUUCACCAUCCUGCUGCUGCUGCUCUUCCUCAGCACCAUGGAGACUGUGCUGCUGGCUGGGCUGCUGGCCCGGAGCAGCCUUGGGGCCAAAAGCAGCCCCAGCCCAGCCCCAAGAGGGGAACAGCAAGAGCAUGACAACCCAGGGCCUCAUCCUGAAGAGUCCCCCAGAGGAGUAAAGGGGUCACAGAGAAGCUGGCCUGAGACUGCUGACCGCAUCUUCUUCCUCGUGUAUGUGGUUGGGGUGCUAUGCAGCCAAUUCAUCUUCGCUGGAAUCUGGAUGUGGGCAGCGUGCAAGUCUGGCCCAGCCCCUGGAGAGGCUGCACCCCAUGGCAGGCGGCCUAGACCGUAACGGGGCAGGGCCUGGGCUG